AUGCAACCUGAACCUGAUAGAGAACAUUUGGAAGUUGUUAAAGAUAAUAUCCAAAAGCAUGAAGACUUUCCGAGAACUGUGAACGAACUUAAAAUUGCAUUGAGAGAGGAGUGGGAAAAUUUGGAUCGCUCUAUUUUCGAGGAGGUUGUUACCUCAAUACCAAAAAGAAUCGAUGCGGUAUUAAGAGCAAAUGGUGGGCCGACAAAGUAUUAG